UUUCAAAGCUGCUCAUGUAAGAGCGUUACAAUAAGCACACCGGCUAGCGACGUAUUUACUGACGGUCCACGAGAAGGUAGGGGUCAACCGCCAUCAUUCGCAAAUCGAGUGGACCUCCUUGGGUUCGAGCCAGCAAUACAUGCUAAACAUACAGUUUCCCAACAAAGAUAGAAGGCCCUGAUGCACUCGCGUGCCCGGCGCCCCAACGUCGCGGGCUAUCUUUUGGUGUGUCUUAGCAAUGGCAACAAUCUAAACAUGUACAGAUCGUCAUCAUUACUUGCUUGCUGUCGAUCGACCCUGUACUAGCGUGAAGGGCUCGCCAAAGGGCAUGUAUGCGGGCUCACGCCGGCACCUCAACCAGAAUUGGAUAACACCAGCCAUGCUCGGAAGGGGUUGAGACGAAGGUAUUGUCGCUCUCGAGUGGGCGCUUGGAGUGCGAGCGGCUCACAUGGAGUGGCACAGCCUGCUCCGCAAGACGGCGACGUACCUGAGAGUCGAAGGAUGACGCUGCGCAUUCGCGCGAAAAGAUGCAAUACUUGGGCGCUUGUCGUGUGCGUGCUGGCGGUAUCAGUCGCAGCCCGCGAGGGCGUCACGGCACCGCAGCAGCAGCAGCUACCGGCCUGGACUCACGCCUGCAGAGUUGUCAUUCGUGGCAGCAGCCCCGACUACACAAGCAGCUGGGAGCUAGUGGAGGCAAGUCUGGAGUGCUGGGCAGCGCAGCAGGUCGAUGCCGGUGCGGUAACAGCAACAGCAGCAACCCCGCCCCUUCAAGUGGCCGUGGGCCGCAGGCUGCUUCCAUAUCUGAACCUGCAGCAGCAACAACAACAAGGACCGCAGCUCAACGCGUCAAGCACAGACAGCGAUACGGCUGCCGGCAGCACCAUUACUGGCAGCAGCGGGGCCGGCGGCGGAUAUGUGGUGGUCUCCGUCCGCAGCUCCGCGCCGCCGCCGCCACCGCCCGCCACACCACCGCCGCCGCCUAGCCCGCCCAGCCCGCCCCCUCACCCCAGCGGCGAUGCCGAGCCCCCUGCGGCGGGCCACGCAUUUUCCGGCCCAACUAUCCCCAACCCCGACCUGUCGGAUGACUGGGGCAUUACCUUCCUUGGCCCGAUGGGGGGCACACUCCGCAUCGUGGACAGCAUCCUCACCAAUGUACCGCUCAGUCCCGUGGGACCCCUGCUGUAUUGCGCCAACUGCUCGUACGUCAGCCUGGAGAACGUGACCUUCUCGCGGCUGCUGGGUUACUCUUUGCCAGCCGACCAACCGUUCGACAUGGCGUGGCAGAUGUACGUCGUGCGGCUGGCGCGGGCGCCGUACCCAGUGUACGGCGCAUUUGCGGCGACGGGGCUCCGGGGGGCUGAGGUGGUGGGCUCGCGCUGCGCCAAUGUACGGCGGGGGCACGGCUGGUCGUGCCUGCUCCUGCAGUACGAGGGGGCGCCGGACUCUGGCAUAGUGCCUAGCAGUGCUGCGGUGCCAUCUGCUGCUGAUGCUGCUGAGGGCAACAGCAGUGACAGCAGCAGCGGCGGCAGCAACGGCGGCAGGAGUGCCAGCCUUAUUGCAGCAGCGGCUGCAGCGCCUUACAUGCUGCUCCUAACGGACACAACGAUCUUCAAUAACUCCAUCUCGGCUGGCGGCGUACCCGGCACGGAGGUCGGCUUCGGUGCUGUGGUGAUCGCCGGGCCAGGGGCCGGCCCUCUGGUCGCCCUGGACGAGGCGACCGCUGCCUGGGCAGCGGCGGCGGAGCCGGACGGGCCGGUCGCGGCCUACGCCGCAGCCGCCAGCGUAGCUGCUGCCGCCCUGUCGGCCGCAUUUAAUGCGCAGGACAGCGACAGCACGGGGGUGCUGGAGGCGAAGCGGUUGGUAGCGAUGGGAGCCGUGAUGAGGAACAGCACCGUGCAUGUGGUGGCGCGCGGCUGCGUGCUCAGUCACAACAUGGGCGCACAUGGCGCGGCUCUGGCGGCGGUGCUUGGAGCCAACCUGGGCAACGUAUCACUGCUGGAAGACUGUGAGGUCGCCUCCAACACCGCCUACCUGUCGGGCGGGUGGCUCUUCGCAACCGGCAGUGUGGGCGCCCUAUCCAUCGGACCCAACGUCACCGUCACCGCCAACUCCGCAUCCACUGCGGGUGGGGCGGUCUACGUGCAAGGAAACAUCACCGGCGCCUUCAGGGUCGGCGGCGGCAGCCGCGUAACCGGCAACUCGGUGUUGCGGUACGGCGGUUUUUUAACCGUCAACGGAAGCAUGGGCAGCCUGGAGUUGGCGGAAGCCAGCGCCGUGGAUUACAACACCGCGGGACGUACGUACGACGACGGUUCGUACAUUGGCGGGAAGGGCGGCGUGGGUUACGUGAGGGGCGGCAUUGGCGCCGUGCUGCUGGCGGGCGGCAGCUCGAUGUCGUACAACGUCGUGUCGCCGGGUACGGAUUGGUCCAGUGGUGGCGGCGGCGGCGCGCUGGCGGUGCAGGGUCCUGUGGGCACGCUAGCGCUGCUAGACGGCAGCUCCAUGGUCAACAACUCGGCCUCCAAUGCCGGCGGCGCCAUCUACAUCUGGUCUGGUCUGGACCGGCUGCUGGUGUCUGGCGGCAGCCGCCUCAGCGACAACGCCUGUGUGGACGACAGCGGCGGCGCGGUGGCUGUGGAGGGCCCGCUGCGCAGCGCGGUGCUGGAGGGCGGCAGCGCCAUGAACGGCAACAGCGGCUGGCAGGGCGGGGUGCGUCGCUGCAGGGUGGCGGUGGUGGUGGUGGCGGUGGUGGUGGUGGUGGUGGUGGUUGUAGCGCUGUGGGUGGGCGGCCCCAUGCAGGAGCUGGUCGUGAGGGGCCGCAGCAGCAUGAGCGGCAACCGGGCCGCCACCACCUCGGGCGGCGCGGCCCUGGUGUCGGGUGACAUCGUGGCGGUGCGCGUGGAGGGCGGCAGCAGGGUGUGCGGCAACCGCGCAGGCACCGCCGGCGGCGCGCUGCGCGCCAGGCGCAUCCAGACCCUGUCCGUCACCGACAGCGAGCUGAGCGGCAACACCGCCCUCGGCACCGUGGCGCCCGCGGUCGUGGGCUGGAGCUUCAGCGGCUCGGGCGGAGCCGUGUACGCCUCCGGCGGCGUGCACGACCUCUCCCUGCUGCGAAGCAACGUCUCCCACAACCGAGGCGUCAGCGGGGCGGGCGGGUUUCUGUUCCAGGGGGCGGAGAACGCGGUGGAGACGGGCGCUGCGAGCCUGCCUGCUGGCAGCAUUGACCCCAGCCCUGGGGUUCACUGGCUGGAGAGCAGCGCGGUGGUGGGAAACGAGGCGGGGCUGGGCGGCGGCGCGAUGUGGUAUUCGCGGCUGCCGCUGCAAGUGGUGGUGACGGGCGGCAGCAGGCUGGAAGGAAACGUGGCGCACGGCGGCUCGGGCGGAGCGCUGUGGGCCGGCUGGGAGCCGGGCGCCAUGAGUCAGCCGCGCCCGACUGAGCUCUCCUCCGACACACCCCUCUGCCGCCAGGGCGCGAGAAUAACCGUCAACGGUUCUUCCACACUAACCGCCAACCGCGCCACCAUGGAUGGCGCCGCCAUCUGCGUCAGCCUCGACAUCUUUGCGGCGUACGGCAACUGUACGAAAACCGGUAACUCCUCACUGACCCUGGAGUUGUACGGCGGCGCCGCCUUUGACUCGAACAGCGCUGCUGGCGGCGGCGGCGCCAUAUUUGUACUGCAGCCGUACAACUUCCAGGCAGCCAGGAUGGACGUACGGAUAAAUGCCAGCGGCGUCCGCUUUGCGAACAACAGUGCCGGCGCCGAUGCGAUUGGGCUUCUGCGAGGCAGUGGCCUCGGACUGGGCGACGGCAGUAGCAGCCUGGCGUCAUCGGCCGUGGGUGGCAGCCGCAGGGUUAGUGCCUUCGGUGGUCACGGCGGCGCGGUGCUGGUCUGGAGCGAGCGGCGCGGGACCCUGGUGGAGGCUGUGGCCGUUCCUGUCAGCAGUACGGGCAGUAGCAGCACGGGCAGUAGCAACACAAGCAGCCACGCUGCAGGUGGCGGUGGUGACAGGGGUGGUGGCAGCAGCGGCGCCGGGGUUGGCCCCGCGGCGCUGGCGGAGGCUAUAGCCGCGGAAUUUGGGGGCGGGAGCCUCGCUCAGCAACAGCCACAGCCGAGGGCGGGCGGAAGCUGCCUGGUCACAAUGAGGGGCGUGGAGCUGGUCGGCAACCAGGGCACAGGCGGCAGUGGAGGCGCGUUGCUCCUGGGGGCAUGCCCCACCUCCAUCAGCGGCAGUAGCCUGCAGGGCAACAGCGCGGACGUGUCUGGCGGCGCUGUGGCGCUGUGGGACCAAACCCUGGAGUCCGUGGCGCGUGCUGGCGGCAGCAGCAGCAGCAGUAGCAGCAGCAGCAACAGUGGCGGUGGUAGUAGCUUGCAGCAGCCGCAGGCGCUGCUACUGCCGGUGCUGUCCCUGAUCAACUGCUCAUUCGCCGGCAACACGGCAUUGGGAAAGGACGGCGGCGGCGCCUUGUUUGUGGACGUGUCCAGUGCCGGUCACAGCGCCGUGAUGAGCAACUGCAGCCUGACAGGCAAUCGUGCUGUGCUGGGGCCAGGCGGCGCCAUUGCCGCCGUGCUGCGUGGCGUUGAUCUUGGCCCGGCGGAUAGCAUCAGCAGCGAAGGCAACAGCAGCGGCGGCAGCGGCGGCGCGGGGAUGCAGGCGGCAGUAGCUGCGGUGGAGGUUCGCGGCUGCGCCAUGUUGGGGAACCUGGCCGGAGGCGUGGGGGGCGGGGCGAUGUACGCACGCCUGUACGGCGGCAGCGGCGUGUGGGUUACGGACUCGCGCAUGGUCGGCAAUGCCGCCACGUCCAGUGCGGUCGGCAGUAGCAACAGUAGCGGCGGCGGCGGCAGUAGCAGCGGCGGCGCUUUGCUGCUUGACGGACGGCGUCUGGGCGGCGGCAGCAGGAGCGGCAGUAACGGCAGUAGCAGCGAUGGGUGGAUCCUGGCCCGUGUGCAGUCCUGCGAGCUCAGUCGCAACCGGGGCCCGGAUGGCGGCGCCCUAGCGGCAUUCCUGGACUCGGACGCUCCUGCUACUGCCGCUUCAGCUGCUCCUGCCGCUUCCGGUGCUACUGCCCCUGCAGCCCCUGCUGCAGCCCCCACAGCUUGGCUGCUUGUGAGGGACUCGGUGCUGUCUGAAAACUCAGCCAUGGGAAGCGAGGGGGCGCAGCCGCAUCAGGCCUUGCAGCAGGCACUGCUGACGCUUCCAGCGGCAGCGGCAACCGUUGCAGCAACAGCGGCAGCGGCAGCGGCUGCGAGCUCGAGUCCCGACACAGCCGAGGGCCGCCACUCCUACGGCGGCUGCGGAGGCGCGGUGCUGGUGCAGACCCGCUCCGCGGCCGCCACGGCUGCACUUGCCGAACUUGCUUCCACCUCGCCCUCCGCGCCCUCCGCACGAGUACUAGGGCCGCCGCCCGCCGUGUUUUCCAUGCAGAACUGUAGGCUCAUGUCCAACGCCGCCGCAUCCUGGGGCGGCGCCGUGUUCGUGCCGCCAGGCUCUUCCGCCACCCUGCUAAACAGCACCUUUGAGUCCAACACAGCAGGCGCCUCGGGCGGAGCCGUCGCAGGUUACGCCUGCGGCAGCCUGGUCCUAAGUGACUGCAGAGUCACAGGCGGCGGCGCGGUGCGCGCCGGCGGCGGCCUGUCGGCGGCGGCGUGCGCCGCUGUGAGGGUGGAGCGGACAGAACUCAUUCGUAAUAACGCCGCUGGAGGUGGAACGGCGGCGGCAGCGGCGGCUGGUGCCGCCGGUGGUGGGACGGGUGGUACGACGGAGGCGGCGGGAUUGGGUGGGGCGGUGUGGCUGGUAGGCGUGGCCGAGACGCAGCUGCUGGGCUGCCGGAUAGAGGGCGGCGGCGCGCAGGUGGCGGGCGGCGGCGUUUACGCGACGGCUGUAGCAGCCGCAUCCGUUGGAGCAGCACCGACGACACUGGUGGUGGCGGACAGCGGUAUCACCAACAACACGGCGGCGCAAGGGGGCGGGCUGCAUCUGGGCGCGGGCCUGCGGGCAGUGCUACUCCGCAGCCAGGUCCUGGGCAAUGCGGCAGUAGCGCCACAGACUGCUACUGCUGCGACUGCCGCUACAAGCGGCAGUGGCAGCGGCAGUAGCAGCGGCAGUAGCAGCCUUGCCGCGGCCGACACGGCUGAGGCGAUGUCGGAUAGUUCGCCGUACGCGGGCUACGGGGGUGGCAUGUUUGUGGAGCGUGGCGCGGCGGUGCUGUUGAGCGGCUGUAGCUUCUGGAGGCCCAACGCCACAGCAGCUGUAGCAGCUGGCGGCGGUGCGAGCAACGGUGCUGCUGCUGGCGCAGCGAUUGCCACGCUUCAGUCACGUGGCGGUGAUAUCGGAGGCCAAGUCGCUGUUGCCAGCAGGGCGCAGGUGCUGGACGGGCUGGUGGCUGCUCUCACGGCGGCCUCCGCCGGCAUGGUUGCAGGCGGCACGGUGCCUUCCGCCGCCGCCACCGCCGCCGGCGCCGCAGGCCCCACACCCGCACCAGCCUGGACAACUACGCCAUCGACAUCCCUCCUGACGGCCUUGGGUCUGGGGGGCGCUGCUUGCUUGGGUGGGAGCACCGGUGGCGAUGCCGCCGCUGCUGCCGCCGCCUCGGCGUGGGCGGCCGCCGGCAGCUCGCUGGUGCUGCUGAGCACGGCGCUGCCCCCCGCCAGCACCCAGCACAACACCUCGCAGGUUACGGCGCUGUGGGCGGAGGACGCGACGCUGUCCGCCAUCUAUGCGCGGUGUGGAAACGGCAUGACUACGUCAGCAGGAAGCCCGUCCGCUGACCCGAGCGCUGGCAGCAAGCCCAGUAGCACCAGCGCAAGGGCAGCAGCGUUGGCUGACCUGUCCGGCUGUGUUGGUUGGGACACCGACGGCGCGGCCGCACGGGCCGGAGGCAAUGGCAGUGGCAGUGGGGCCGGCAGCGGCACGGAGUCCUGGGAGGAUCAGCAGCAGCUGCAGCUAGAUGGGGCGGUCCGGUCCGGGGCCGCCGUCCUGCUGCCGCCGAGCCUGCUUGGCCUGGUCCAGUUCUGCACUGUGGAUGAGCGGAGCGGCCACCAGGAGCGCUGUGUGGUGGGCGGCACUGGUGCAGCUGCUGUUGCUGCCGCUGGUGCCCUAUACUUCACACAACAGCAACAGUCACCACCAACCCCAGCACCAACUCCAGCACUGGCGCUGCUGGCGGCUGGUGUGGGCCUGCAGCAGCACCUGGAAAUGCAGCCGGAGCGGCCCUUCACACUGGCCGUGCAGUUGUACGACGACCUGGGUCAGCCCUGGACGGCGGACUGGCCGCCCAUGCGUGUGGGUCUGGCGGUACUCCCCGUGCCGCCCGCCCCGGCCAACGCCUCCGCGCCCUCCCAGCAGUCAUCGGCAGCACACGGCGGUGCCGACAGCAACGGAACGCUGCUGACCCCAGCCGCUCAGCUGGCGGCCGCGUGCGCGGCUGCAGCCGCGGACGCUACGGCGGCUGCAGCCGCAGCCGCCGGGGGCGGCGUGAACGCCACAGGCGGCGCCCGGGUCGCGCCGCCGCUGCCGCUGUGGUGUGAGCCCAAGGCGGUGUCAUUGGCCACACUGGACGGCAGCAGUGCCGUGACGGCGGGGACCGAGCUGCUGGUGGAAGUGCGGUCAGGCGCGGCCAGUUGGCCGUGGCUGCUGGUGCGCGGCUGGCCCGGCCGCUACGUGCUCACCAUUAGCACAAACGGCGCCUACGCAGUGGCGCCGCUGGCGCUGGCGCUGACGCUGCGCCGCUGCGCCGCCGGUCAAACGCUGGACACGAGCGAAGCGGCGGCGGCGGCGGCGCUGGGUCUGGAUCUGGAUCUGAUGGCGGCGCCUACCUGGACCGCCUGCCGCAGCUGCGACAUGUUCCAGGUAGGGCUGUGGUCAGACGACCGACCCGAGCUGUCCGCGCUCGACGGCCCCGACCAACUGGCGGCGGUGACGGCGGCAGCACAGGACGCCGGGGCCUGCCUCAACUGCCCGGCACACGCCGUGUGCCCCAGCGGGCCCGUGCUGCUGCCGGCCCCCGGCUACUGGCACUCCUCCCCCAAUUCCCCGCUGGUACUGCGCUGCCCCAACUCCGACGCGUGCACAUACGACGACGGAAACGGUCUCGGGGACGGCGGCGGUGGAAGCGGUGGCAGCGGCAGCGCCUUGAGCAGCAGUAGCACCUCAGCAGCAGCAGCCGGACGGCGGCGGCUGUUGCAGCUUGGGACCGCGACCGGCAGCAGCAAUGGCAGUAGCAACAGCAUCGGGGCGUGGGACGUGGCGGGCGCGGUAGCGCGCAUGGGCUUCAAUGACAGCCGCUCGCUCCGGCUGGCGCUGUGCCAGCAGCUCUGGUACAGCACCAACCCACCCGGCCAGGCGCCCGAGCUGCUACAGCUGCUACAGCCUGCCGCCCUCUCCACCACGCCACCACAACAACCACCCCUACAGCCGCCCGCGCUGCAGCAGCCUCCCUCCUCUCCCUCACCCUCUGCCUCUUCCCCAGCUCCGCAGCCCCAGCCCCAGCCCCUGUCCCAGGCGCAGGCGCUGCAGGCAUGUGUGCUGUGGGGUUUGGAUCCAGGUUCCCCCCUCUCCUACAUGUCGGCCCAGUGCGCCCCCGGCUAUGCCGGCCACCUCUGCGCCACCUGCCAGCCCGGCUUCGCGCUGUCACUCGACUUCCAGUGUUCCGCCUGCCCCACCACCGCACAGACGGUGGGUCUGGGCCUGCUGGCCUUCGCCGCCAGUGUGGCUCUGGUGCUCUACACAGCCUACACAAACUCGGGAGAGCCCAGCGGCGAUGGUGAUGAUAAGGGCGGCGGCAGCGGCAACGGGGGGUCGGCAGGCGGCGGCAGCCCACCCGAGAUCGGUGACGUCAUCAAGGUGGUGGUGGUGCACAUGCAAAUGUUGAUCAUCAUCACGCGACUGCCCAUCGACUACCCCAACGCGGUGCUGAAGUUCCGGGGCGCCCUCAACGCCGUCACAGGCACGGCCUCCUACGUCGCCUUCAGCCCCAGCUGCCUCGCGCCCGACCAGAGCCCCGCCGGCCAGGCACGUGCGGGCCUGCUGGGCGCCCUGGCCGUGCCGCUGCUGGUGGCGGCCUUCGCACUGGGCCUGUGGGCGCUGAGGUACCAGUUCUUCAGCCAGGCCCGCAUGAAGCGCUCCUCCGCACUGCCGCGCUGGCGCCUCACACCCCAUGCGUCGGGAGGCUCAACCCCCAACACCGCCACGCCGCGACAGCAGUCGCGCGGCGCCGACGGAACGCAACCGCAGGGCCCGCAGGGGCAGCAGCAGCAGGGGCAACAGCACGGCACGGGCUCGGGGCGCCAGCGCACAAACAGCGGCGGCCUGCUGCCGUUCCGCUUGUCCUUGGGGCGCUGGUGGCUUGGCGGCGGCGGCGGCAGCACCCACACGCCCUUCAACUUCAGCUUCCGUACCGUGCAGGAAGGUGAAGGCCAAGACGAUGACGUCCACGAGCAGGGGCAGGGGCAGGGGCAGGGCGCGGUAGCAGAUGAGGAGUGUGGGAAGGUGUACGGCAGCGGUGGUGGUGCAGCUCAUGACGGUGGUGGCAGCGGCGGCGGAGGGGAUGAGGAGGGGUUGACCGGGGACCGUGACACGGGCCGUACGGGCGGAGCUGACGUAGGCACGACAGCAGCAGGCCGGCAGCAGCAGCACGGGCAGGAGCAGCAGCUGCAGCAACUGCUGAUGGGCAAGGAAAAGCUGCUGCGGGGAGGCAGCGGCAGCGGUGGGGGCGAUGGUGAUGGCUCUCCUCUGCGUGACGAGGGGCCGCCAGGAGAUGUGGAGCAGCAGGGCGGCGGCGGCAGGCGGGGUGCCGACAGCACCACACUGCUUGAGGCUGCUGCUGGAGCAGCAGCAGUACAAGAAACACGGCGGCGGCACCGGGUUUCGUGGGCAGGCAGCGGCAACCCCACCGCAUUACUAUCCUCCUCCCAACCACACGGCACAGCAUCACUCGAUGCACAGUCGUCCGGCCGCACUCAGCACCGCACGUCUUUCAACGGCAGCGGCGCGGCCGGUGGUGCACAGGGCUCGUUGCCUCCACUGUUGCCGUCUACUUCCUCCGCGUCCGUCAGCGACGCCUUCCCCACGCGCCCCUCCCCCAGUAUGCUGCUGCCGGCGGCGCCCCGCUCCCACUCCGGGCAUGCUGGCCCUGCGGUUGAAGGUCAUGGAGGUGUCCCGCUUCGUGCUCAUGGAGUAGAUAGCAACGGCAGCGGGAGCGGCAGCGGCAGCGGCACCAGCGCGUGUGCAAACCCGAUCCUGCGCUCCGCGCUCCGCUCCGCCUCCGCCAGCCGUGAGGCUGCUACUGCUGUUGCUCCAGCCAUGGCUGCUGGGGCACCGCCGCCAGUCACGCCGCCUGCUGCGGCCCACUCGCCGGCAUCCACAGCGGGGUCGCCGCCGCCCCGGUCCAGCAGCUGCCACGCCCCAUCCGUGGCCUCCUCAGCCACAGGCGGCGGCAGUGGCAAUGGCAGCCCCAGCACUCGUCCCCUGCUGCCUCCCACUGGCGGGCCGGGCAACGCCGCCGCCUCUUCCGGUGACGCCGGCAGCAGCCAGCAGCAGCAGAAGAAGAUGCUCAAGAGCUCUGCUACCGGCAUGUUAGGGGCGGACAGGAGCUCGGGAGGACGAGGGGCGGCGGGUAGUGGUGCGGGCUCGCCGCUCCACGCUUUAGCAGACGAGGCCGGCGGCGGCGUAGCUGGUGGCGGCGUCGGCAUCAUGGGGCCGCCGGGCACACAGCGCAGCAGCUGGGCGAGUGGCUGGUCGUCACACAAGAGCAUCUUGCGAACGGCUGCCACGUCGUCUUCUGGUAUCGGGCAGCAGCAACAGGCCGGCAGCGGCACCAGCAGCAGCAACGACCCCAGCAGCAGUGGCGCCCUCAAGGUGCCCCUGGCCGCCGCCUCGUCUCCCUCGGCUUCCUCCGCAGCCCACCGGAAUCCCACGCCCGCCGCCUCGCGGCAGCAGUCGUACAUACGGCACGGCUCCCGUGGCAGCUGCGCCAGUGGCGCCAGCGGCGGGGGUGGGCAGGCACACCGGCACUCGGGCAAAGCCAGUGGCGGCGGCGGCGGCGGUGGUGGCGGCUCCGGCCAAAGCAGCGGGCGAUACGGUGACGGCCGCAGCAGCGGUGGCAGCCAGCAGCGGUACAGCCACGGGCACCUGAGCGGCUUGAGCAGCCGGCUGCUGCGCAGUGUGAGCACGGCGGUGCGGCGGCUGCCGGCGCCGCUGGUGAAGCAGCUGGGGUCGCUGCACUCGGUGGGCAGCCACCUGCAGCACUAUGACCAGGCGCUCAGCCUGCCCAGGCAGCUGGGGGUGGUGCUGCUGGCCGGCGUGUUCGUGCUGUACCCCGGCCUGGUGUCCGCCUCGCUGUCCGUGUUCGCCUGCCGUAUACUCGACACGCCCGGCGCCGAGUACGGCGGCGUGUACGACAGCAACCUGGCGGCCACGUGGCGGUACGGCUACUGGAUCCGCGACAUGGGCCAGCAGUGCUACUCGGGGACACACGCGGCACUGUACGUGCCGGUGGGGGUGGUGGCCGUGCUGUUGUUCUGCAUAGGGCCGCCAGCCGCCUCCUUCGUCAUCGUGUGGCGCGUGCGGGACCGACUCAACGACCACCACACCCGCCGCACCUACGGAUUCUUAUACAGCCGCUACCGGUCCACGAGAUGGUGGUGGGAGUCCGUGCUGCAAGUGGAGACGUUGUCACUGGUGGCUGUGGACGUGUUCGCCCGGGCCCUCACGGUCACCCAGCAGGCGCUGCUGCUGCUGGCGGCGCUGACGCUCAUCCUCACCGCCAACAUGCUUGCCUCGCCGCUGCGGCACCGCCUGCUGGUGGCCCUGGAGUUUGUGAGCCUGGCGGCGCUCAGCCUCACCAUCACCCUAAGCCUCUACUUCACAGCAGACACCGACACGCUGUCGCCCGCAGCUGCGACGGCCGUGGGUGUGAUCAUUCUGGUGAUCAACGUGGGCAUCAUAAGCCUGUUCAUGGCCGUGAUCCUACGGCGACAUCAGCCACAGCUGAGCAAAACGUGGGCAGAGUGGCGGCAGGGCCUGCAGGCAGGGGCCGCACGGUGCCUCGGCAGUAGAAGCUGCUGCGGCCGGCAGCUACUGCCGAUUGCGUGGCGCUCGCUGGCGCUGCCGGGGCAUCAGGCUCAUUCGCAGCAUGCGCCGCAGCAGCAGAAGGUUCCCUCGGCGCGUUUGGAGGGGGUGGAUGAAGAGGAGGAUGCUGACGAGGCCGGUGACGGCAAGGAGGCUGGACAUGUUGGGCACGGCGGCGCACGCGGCAACAGCGACAGUAGCAGUGGAGGCGGCCCGAACGAAUUGGGGUGCUCUUUGCACGGUAGCAGUAGUGGCCGCGGCCGCGGCGGCUUCAGCCGGCUGCUCGCGGCACCCCAUGUGCCGGUGGACAGCCCGGAUCUGGAUUUGCCGGUGGUGGAUGAAACUGGUGGCGAACAGGAUGAGUCGGAUGCGGAGCACGAGCGGAAGCUGCAAGCCCUUGUGGAGCUCCGGGAAGAGGAGGAAGAAGGGAAGCGGCAGGAGCAAAGACAGGAAGUGGGGAGAGGAAUGGGCUUGGAGGGGCAGGGGGGGACUUCGGUGACGGCUGCGGUGCCGAGGGGGUUGACGUGGGGGAGGUGGCUAUUGCCAUAGCGCCUUGACGUGCAUGCAACCUGCGAUGAGUUCUAUCAUCAUGUACUGCGUUCUAAGCAUCAAGUCACAAGGCAUCAAUACUGUAGCGGAGCAUGACGAAACGUGACAUUACCGCGUGUUGAAGUUGCCGGUGGGAGCGAGGAGCCCAGGGGUGCCACCGGGAGUCGAACAGGCUUCGCUGUGGCGGCUCUGCAGUUGCGCGAAGCCGCUGCUGGCAUGAAUUGGGUGCAAGGGUUGCUAGAUGAUCAUCAGGAUGGACACCCGGUCCGAAAUGCUGGGGGUGAUCAGUGGGUCCACCACGUCUCCACGACUCCACGAGCGGA